CUUACGCGUGUGAAUACAUAAACACAUAUAAAAUCGCGUGCACAGAUGCUUAGAUACACAUAUAUACAUACACACACACACUUGAAUGAACACUCUCAAUCACGCACAUGUUUCUAUACACACGCAUACACACACGUGAAUACGGAUAUACGGUCGUAAUGCUUUAAGGUAAAAGGGGGAAUAAGGACAAAAUAUGAGGUGUUCAUGCCUUUUUCAAGGGCAAUUGAGACGUUUCAAGUGGAAUUUAUAAUAGAACAAGAGAAUGCCUUGUAGUAGUUUCUCGAUAGGCUGCAAGAAAGAAGGAAUUUGACCGAAACGGAAGAAAAAACUGUGCUAUUCAUUAUAUAAUUUUGCAAGUAGAAGAAAUAAAGAUAAAUCAAUAAAGACAAGACACAGAUACAUAAAUCCUGCGGAACUUUAAUUAUCUGCUACCUAAAUGAAGCUUCCUGCUCUGCGAUGGUACCACAUUGUUUCCAGGCAAUACACAUUGCCCCGUCUGUUUCAGAGGCCCCUACCCUUGACUCUGGAAUCUCACUACAGUUAUUCUAAGCCGUCUCAGUCAGCAGAGGACAUCAACAUCAACACAACACCAGAUCCAGACACAUCUGAACCUCCAGUUGAUGCCAAACUUGUAGAGAGGUUGGAAAGGCUAUCUCUUGUUGCAUUUGAUUCUGAGGUUGGUGUGCAACGGCUCCGACAAACUAUUAAAGCUGCUAAUAAUGUUCUGUCUGUGGAUACGACUGGGAUUGAACCUAUGAUAUCAGUGCACGAAGACAGAGCACUGGAACUUCGGUCUGAUGUCAUUAAGGAAGGACGCGACAAAGACGCUAUACUCAACAAUGCUACGAAGGUCUUUGAAGAUUAUUAUGUGGCCCCACCCGGGAAUAUUCCACUGAAAAGAUCUUAAAGGGAACAGCUUGGAAUGGAAGCCUCUCUGUUUAUAUAUGUAUAUAUUUGUAAAAUAAAAUGUUCUCAUUGGUUUAAUCUCA